GGCUGACCCCCUUCUCUGGUGGUAGCUGGGGGACAGGAAGGGGGAAGCCGAAGCGCGCGCCGCUGCACGGCCGUCUCCGCCCCGUUCCAAGUAACCAAUCGUGACCAAGACGCCGGGCGCGCGCACGCUCCCUCGAGUUUAACGGUCGCGAGAGGCCGAGCGUCCGACCCUGACAUCGGCAGUGGGAGCGGCGGCCAGACUCUCCUGGGACCUUUGGAUAUUUCACUUCUGAAUGUCAGCAACUGAAAAUGCCUGUAGACGAUGAAGCGUCUGAAGAUGACUCAGAUUCAGUUUCUUCAAACAGUGCAAGAACCUGAAUUUUCAAAUGAGAGCCUGUAGCAAUUUCUGUACACUAUGGAAGAUUUUGACUUGGGGAAACCCUCACAGAAAGCUUCAUCUUCUAUAGAAUCUGAUAUAAAAAAUUCUCCUCAUUCUCUUGGACUGAACUUAAAUACUAAUAGAAGUAGUCCCCACCUUAGUACAAAUGGGGUAUCCUCUUUCUCAGGGAAGACCAGACCAUCUGUAAUUCAAGGUACAGUUGAAGUCCUCACCUCUUUAAUGCAAGAGCUACAAAACAGUGGAAAGACUGAUUCGGAACUUUGGAAAAACUGUGAGACCAGGUGGUUACAACUAUUCAGUUUGGUGGAAAAACAUUGCCAAGAGCAGAUAGUGGCUCAGCAGGAGCAAUUUCACAACCAAAUUCAACGUAUACAGGAGGAAAUAAAAAAUUUAGUCAAGUUACAGACUAAUAAUGCUUCCUGGGCUUCCUAUGGUAGAAGUUCUUUAAGCAAACAAAGAUCUUCAGAAAGUCAAAUGGGUUUUUUUUCUGAAAACGGUGAGAAAAAUGAAUAUGUUAUCAGUUAUCCCAAGUCUGAAGAGUCUGAAAUGCAGCAAGAAGCAUCCUUGUCGCAACCAGACUGCAAUGUGGAUAGUAGCUCAGUGAGCAGUGGGUAUGGAACCUUUUGCAUCUCAGAACUAAACACCUACAAAUCAAAGGACGCUCAAGAUUUCAUGGAGCACAUAGAGGCUUCUGAAGGACAUUUUGGAGCACCGGUGGUGCCAGCGGAGCCACUUGGAGAUGGUGUGAAAAACCAGAGUUUUUAUAUACAUCCAAAUGAAGAGUUUUGUGCUUCUUUAAAGGAAGAUACUCCCAUUUUUCCCGGUGAAUUUGAACACAGUUUUCUUGGUGAAAGUAAGAUUUCAGAAGUAUACAGUGGAAAAACAAACAAUAAAUCGAUAACAUCAUGGGCUCAAAGGCUGAAGCAGAACCAACCAAAGAGAGCACAUAAAGAAGAGGGCUACUCAAAAUCUAUGCAAGGAGAUGAGCAAACCAAGAAAUCAGCAAUUGAGAAAUCUGAUUUCACUGCUGAUACACAUUCUCGAGCUUUUUACUUCAACAAACCAGAUGAGGGUCCAAAUUCUUGGAUGUCUGAUUCAGGAACAGGACUGACUUACUGGAAACUGGAGGAGAAGGACAUGUAUCACUCUUUGCCUGAGACUUUAGAGAAGACAUUUGCACCAGCCUCCUCCACAGAUACAUCACCAAGCCAGUCUAAUACUAGUAAUGAGAUGAAGCCACCAUCACUGAAGGAUAUUUAUCAUAAAAAACAAAGGGAAAACAAGCAGUUACCUGAGAGGAAUCUCACUUCUGCUUCCAACCCAAAUCAUCCGCCAGAGGUACUGACUCUGGACCCAACGUUACACAUGAAGCCAAAUCAGCAGAUUUCAGGGAUUCAACCACAUAGCUUUUUGAAUGCUCUUGAUGACAGAAUAUCCUUUUCACCGGACUCUGUUCUAGAACCUAGUCUCUCUAGUCACUCUGACAUAGACUUGUUUUCACAAGCAAGUCAUAUCACUUCUCAGUUAUCUGGUUUCCCAAAAUAUCCUACAGAUGCAAAAGUUUCACCAGUGGACUCUUGGAAAAAUCAGGCAUUCCGAAAUGAGAGUAGGACCAGUUCCACGUUUCCUUCAGUAUAUACCGUUGGUAGUAACGACAUCUCAGUCAGCACUGUAGAUGAAGAAAACCCUGUCCUGGGACCGCCUGUCUCAGUCAGUCAGUCCCAGCUUCCAGGUACAGCCAAUGGUGUCCCAGAAUGCAUUUCACUGACUUCCCUCGAGGAUCCUGUGGUAUUGUCUAAGAUUAGGCAGAACCUGAAGGAAAAGCAUGCUCGACACAUAGCAGACCUUCGAGCUUACUAUGAAUCAGAAAUAAAUAGUUUGAAACAGAAACUGGAGGAAAAAGAAAUUUCUGCAGCUGAAGACUGGAAAAAAACCAAUCAAAUUCUUGUAGAGAGAUGUGGCCAAUUAGAGAGUGCUCUGAAUGAAGCUACUAGUCAUGUGAGAACGCUUGAAAAUAAGAAUAACUUACUGGAAAGAGAAGUGAGUGAUUUCAGAGAACGCUUCAAUGCAGCCAGCAGUGCCUCCAAAAUUCUGCAGGAACGAAUUGAAGAAAUGAGAACAAGUAAUAAAGAAAAAGACAAUACCAUUAUUCGACUGAAAUCUAGACUUCAGGAUUUGGAAGAGGCAUUUGAGAAUGCUUACAAACUCUCAGAUGAUAAAGAAGCAAGACUAAAACAAGAAAACAAAAUGUUUCAAGAUCUUUUAGGAGAGUAUGAGUCCCUUGGAAAAGAACACGAAAGAGUAAAGGAUACAUUAAAUAUAACUGAGAAUAAAUUGCUUGAUGCACAUACUCAGAUUUCUGAUUUGAAAAGGACAAUUUCAAAACUUGAAGCUCAAGUCAAGCAAGUGGAGCAUGAAAAUAUGUUGAGUCUUCGUCAUAAUUCUAAAACUCCCGUGAGACCCUCACAUGCCAACACGCUGGCAGGCUCAGACGUCAGCCGGAGGAAGUGGCUGAUCCCGGGAGCGGAGCAUUCCAUCUUCACUGGGCAGCCCCUGGACACCAAGGUGGACAGCCAGCCGGAGGAGACCUGCCUUCCUAGGUACCAUUCUGCUCUGGAAAAGGAUCUUUCACCUGGAAGUUCACCAAGUUUAUUGAUAAAAAAGCAGAGAGAGACUUUAGACACACCAAUCAUGAAAGCUUUAAAAGCACUUGAUGAAGAAAAAGUAUUUAAAAGUUGGGGCACACAGACAGAGAAGGAGGAUACCUCGAAUAAAUUGGUGAAUCCUCGGCCAGCUGACUCUUCAGUCAGUGCAAGUCGGUCCCCAGAGAAAGGUGCCCAGCAAAGACAAAAGAGGUUUAAUUCUGCUUCACAGAGAUCAUCAUCUUUGCCACCUUCAAAUCGUAAAUCGAGUACUCCAACAAAAAGAGAGAUUAUGUUAACACCAGUGACCGUGGCGUAUAGUCCAAAGCGAUCCCCUAAAGAAAAUUUGUCCCCAGGAUUUAGUCAUCUACUUAGCAAAAAUGAAAGCAGCCCGAUUCGAUUUGAUAUACUUUUGGAUGAUUUAGAUACUGUUCCUGUGUCUACUGUACAACGUUCCAAUCCAAGGAAACAACUCCAGUUUCUUCCUCUAGAUGACUCGGAAGAAAAAAAAUACUCAGAAAAAGCCACUGACAUCCAUGUUAAUCAUAGCUCUUCCCCCGAACCGUUGCCAAAUGGAGCGAAGAAAGUCUCUGUGAGACCAGCCUGGGAGAAGAACAAGUCAGUUAGCUAUGAACAGUGUCAGCCCCUCUCCACAGCACCACAGGGUAACAAUUUUGAGUAUACAGCAAAGAUAAGGACCCUAGCUGAAACGGAACGGUUUUUUGAUGAACUUACAAAAGAAAAAGACCAGAUUGAGGCAGCACUAAGCCGAAUGCCGUCUACUGGAGGACGAGUCACUUUGCAGACGAGAUUAAAUCAGGAAGCCUUGGAAGAUCGUUUGGAGAAGAUUAAUCGAGAGCUGGGUUCUGUUCGCAUGACGUUAAAGAAAUUCCAUGUUUUGCGCACCUCUGCAAAUCUUUGAGAUUUGUAGUCAUUAAAUUUUGAGACAUUUUUGUUUGCACUAAUGUAUAAUUAUGCACUCAAAAAAGGCAAACUAUUUUAUACUGUUUCUAAGCCUUCAAACGUAGUUUUACAAUCAUGCUAUUCUUUACACUUGCUAUUUUAUACUUCAGAUAGCCACAUAUUUUCAAGAUAUUUUUGUUAUGCUCAGGAACCUCUUGUAUAUUUUACUAUUUAAAAAGUAUUAUUUUUAAAUAGUAUAUGUCUCCUGUUUAUAUCAAGAAUAAAGAAAUAUAACAGGGGAGGCAGCUUUGUUUCUAAACAUAGUGUUAUCCUUUUAUGAUGAACUUUGCACACCAGUUUUAUAAACUUGUUCUACAUUGUGAAUAUGAUUCUAAGUUUUUUUAAAUAAAUGCUUAAGAGCUUCCACAGUGAUAGAGUAAUACAUGCUGAAUGCAAAAAAAAAGCAUACCCUAGAUUUAGCUAUGUUGAAUUUUUUUUUAAAUGAUAAUUCCUGUUUGAAACGUGUCUUAAGACUGAAUAUUAGAGUUAAUAAUGGAAACAUUGGAAAUAAUGGAAUAUUGGAAAGCUCUGAAAGUGAGAAUAUUUCAUUCUGUUUCCCUUAAGCUUUCUUAUUUGUAAGAAAGAAAAAUGCUAGAGAUAGAAAUCUCUAAUUUUGUUAUAUAUGUAGUACUUUCUAGAAAAAAAUCAGUUGGAGAGCUGUAGCUUUCUGCCCAUCUUUCUGAAUGUAACUUGUGUCCCACCUUUGACAGUGAGAUGAUAAAAAGCUUUGAUGAAAUACAGGCCACCACCCAGUGAGGAUGUAAGAGCAGUUUCCUCAGUGUACACGGCCUCAGAUGUCAGAUUGUCAGGAAGAUGUUUUUAACAUCUCUCCACCAUCCCCCCCCCAUCCCCCCACCCUCCCAGUGAAGAAUACACUUCCAUUGUAGCUGCUGUAAGAACAGUAGGUGGAGGUCAGAGCAGCUUAUGCUGCUUGUUACUGCACAGGUAAUGUGUCUAGAUAGAGCGCCGUGCCUUUCAGUUGGCCUUGCUGGGGGGCUGUAGCCCACUGCCUUGGCAGUGCCUCCUGCUCUCAGAAUUUCCACGUAGGCAAGAGGCUGUGAUCUGACCAGAGGUAUGGCAGGUAGAGGUCCUGACUGCUGGUCAAGGUCCGGGCUCCUCAGCUGCUCAUUUGUUUGGUGGCCAGUCAGAACCCAGUACCCACUCAAGCUCAGUAUGUGUUGAUAAACAAGACUCAUUCCACACUUUCAACACUAAUUCCCACUGAUUCAGGUUUUAAAGUUUGGUUUACUUUUGAGCUUUUUCUCCUCCUCCCUGUGGCUCUUAAUAGCAUGUAGUUUUGGUGAGCCAAGCCACCCGAUAUUCCACUAGGGUCUAUGUAUGCCUUUGAGCAGGGAUCUCAGAGAAUCUUUGAGCACCCUUCACCAAAGCUUCCUCUGCCUGAGCUCCAGGCCUGGCUCCCUCCUCAGGCUCCCUGCUCAGUGUUGUGGAGGGUUCUCAGCAAGGGGAACCCACUGACAGCUGCCUCUCCUGUUCCUUCCUGUCCAUGAAUCAAACCUUUGCUCCCACCUCCUGCAACCUGUUGAAGACCUCUGGCUAAUCAGUUACUCAUCAGAAUCAAGUGCCUUACUCCCAGUAUUUUUUUCUAGUCUUUUUUCUUUCUUUCUUUCUUUCUUUUUAAUCUCCUAGUUCUAGUGAAGAAAACAUUCAUUUUAAUCAAUCUCCAGUAUAGCUGUGUCAAAACUUAAAGGGAUUGACUUUACAGGUGAUGCUCCCUUUAGUAUGGUCCUAUACGUGACAUUAAAAACUCACCUGAAAAUUGUUAGCCUGUUUCAUUGUUCCCUGCUUUUAUUGUAAAGUCUGUUAUAUUCCAAAGAAUAGGAAAUUGCCCUUUCAGAAGAGAUGAGAGUUUUAUCUUACCAGGGAGUUAUCUUCUUAGUAGUCAUAUUCCAGUAUUUAAGCCCCAUUAAAGUGUCUUCUGUGCCUCUCAGGAAACAUGUGAUUUGAUUUGUGACAUGUCAUAAACUGGAAGUAUCAGUCACUUCAGAAAUUAAAAGAAAAUUCUUUUCUCUCCAUACCUGUGAAGAGGGACACCAAGGAAAAUCCUUCCAACUGUCUUUCCUUUUAGUAAUGCUUAACGUACAACUACUCUAUUUAAAAACAGCCUAAAAGCUGGAAAGGUGACAACCUUAAAAAGCAACUGUUAUAUCCCAGGGAGGUAAACUAUACUUUAGUUGCUGGCUGCAGUUAGGUUUUUUUACUAAGUGAAUCUUCCACUUCUAGGAAGUGCCAUUUAAAAUUCAAAUAGAGUUACUGCUCUCCUGUCACCCAGACCUGCCGCCUUCCUUUCACUGAACCGCCUGAGGGAGGAAUGUGCUUGAUUGCUUGAAGGUGCCAAGUGGAUAUAGCUACUAAUCCACACUAGGACUGUAGGAGCUGGACAGGGGACAGGUGAGCCAAACCUGGAUCACACCCUGCUCAGGCUUUCCUCCAUGUAAAGAUAAGAAGCUUCCUUCCGUUGUGGGAGAUUAUAUGCAAAGUGCCUGGUGUCUCUUAAAUUUUCAAUCAGUAGUAUAUUUCAGAUUCAUUCUGAGUUAUUAAAUAGGCUUUUGAAGUAGUGAUUUCAGUGCUUUCUUAGAAAAGUGGACCAUGUCCCUAGCAAUUGACUUAAAAACUGCCUUGGGCUGGUUGACAUACGUUAGGUGGUCAAAGAUGUUCUCUCCAUCUUUUUGCAAAAAAUGAGCUUUCUCGGGGUUUAAAUGAGCUUCCCUCUGGUGGUUGGUUUGUUUGUUUUCCAUGAGUAAUUGAUGAGCUCUGUAGUAAGUUCAGAUACCCUGCAAUCUUAAAUGUGAUUUCGGGGUUGUUUGAUAUAAGCUGUUUUGCUAAAAAAAAUUAUUGCCAAUGUAAUAAAAAUAAUUGCUCCUUUGAAUGUUCCAUAAUUAGACUUCUAAAAUUGCUGGCCUGUGAAGCAGGACCACAUAAAGGAAGAGGAUGCCACUGAAUGUUUGAAAGUUAACAUGAAGUUUAUGAUUUGCUUUUGGAGUUUGAUAAGCAACCAGAAUUCGUUUCUUUUUUUAACUUGGAAAAGCCAGGUGCUUGGCUGAAUGCUAUUUGAAUUCUGAGAAGUUAGACAUUUCUGUCAUUUUGAUUUUUAGGUAUCUCAAAAGCAGUUUUCAGUAAAUUUUUAUGUGCCACUUGUGCUGUGAGUCUUUAAGAAGCUUUAGAAAAUAAAUAUCGAUACAUAUCUAAAGCCCUUUAGGAAUCAAAGGUAAAUCGUAUUUACCCAUCACAAGUGAUUGUACAUGGUUAUGAAAUUUGCAGGUCUGAUUAAAUGAAUUAUACUGUACCAAUUUUGCAGGCAAUAAUUUCCCACCUUGCCAAGAGUUCUGUGGCGGUUUAAUAAUAAACUACACCAGUAUUCUUAGGACCUGUGUUACUAGGCUUUCCCUUUCUGAUUUGUGUUCUAUUUCAAUAGACUCCUCUCAAAUAGGAGGAAUCAAGCCAUAACUUUGCAUUUGCUGGACAUUAUAUGCCAUGUCAUUGCUGUGACUACAGACUUCAAAGAUAAUAUUUUAUUCACAAUUUCACUGUAACCAUGACCAAUACAGUAAGAAGUCUGCUUCCUGUAGUGCUGCUGACAUUAAAGACCAGUCCUUGUUGCAGUUUUUAAAUCAAGUCAGAUGCUAGAGUGAUGAAAUUGUAAGCUCUGCAAGAGCAGGGACCAUCUCUUUGCAUACAGGCACUGAAUAAAUAUUUGUGGAUACAAA